GAUAGAUAGUGCUGAUUGUAUAGAAUCCUAAUUUAAAAUCUAAAAGUUAAACUUCACAGAGCAGUUUCUUUUGUUUCCAAACCCCAGGACCAAAUAUAUUGGUUAUAAUUUAUAAUUGUUACAAUAAUUUUACGAACGAAAGGGAGGCAUAAAGUAUUUUAUUUCGUAAAAUGAGAUAUUUUUAGAGAAGUUUAUAAAGAAGAUUUUUAAGGUGAAUGACAGGCGACAAAUGGGGCAUGAAGGGGGCAUGUAAGGGUAGAAAAGUCAUGUCAAAACUGAAGGAACGAGAUGAACAAGAAGCUUUAAAAUUGGACGAAAAUUUUAAAGAAAUAUUGUCAAGAGUUCGGCCUUACAUUGUGAAUUUAACUUCUAAAGAAGAUGCACAAUUUUGCAAAGUUUGGCUAGAAAAGCUCAGUACGAUUUCAACGCAAAGAAAACUUAGAAAUGAAUAUUUGUUGGAAUUAUAUCGGCAGCUCAGCCUUGGUCGAAUUGAAAGUACAUUUCGCAAACCACCACCUGGUGGAAUUUUAAUUCCAUUGCCUGUUUCCUAUCAGGUCGAAAAUAUUAGUUCAUCAUGCACCGAAGUCACAGAUUGGGGUUCCACUUCCUGUUCUAUGGUGAAAAAACCAAAUGCAAGAAACGAUUUUCGAAAAUAUUCAAAAAGCAAAGCAUCUUUGAGAAGAAGAGAUACUGAUUCGACUGAUCCUUCUUUCAGUUUUAUUGAGGACGAUAAAUUGGAUAAAAGUCAAUUACAGUUGUAUAGACAAAGAAUAGAAGCAUUGACUGUUAUUGUCAAGGAAUUGCAAAUCCAGAAUGAAAGGCUUAACAAAGAAAUACUACAAUGCCAAGAAAAAUGUUCUGUUGAGACUCCUUGCUUAAAAGCUAAUAUUAGGCAGUUGAAUUCGGAAAUUGCUAUUCUCAAAGCAAAACUAGUUGAGGUUCAACAAAUGAAAGAAGUACUGGAAGUAAAUCACAAGGAAAUAGUUCAGCAAUAUAAAAUUACAAUGACGGAUCAAUUUAAUAAAUUAAAAGCCCGAUUGCAAGAAGCGCAAAGCAAGAAUAUUGUUCUGGAUGAUAAUAUACUGUCAAUCACUCAGAAGCUUGAAGAAGUCACUCGUGAGAAGGACGAAAAGGUGAAAAUGGUGGAAAAAGAGUGGUCGAAAAAAUACGAAGAUACUCAUAAAGAUUACGAGUCACUCUUGCAAAAUAAAGAAAAAGAACUUCAAAUUAAAAAUGAAGUCAUCAGUCAAAAGGAGGCAGAACUGGCUCAAAAGGACCACGUGAAAAGGGAAGAAAUGGUAUCCUUGAUUAAUCAGAUCAAAGAGUUAGAGAUCAAACUAGAAGCAAAAAUUGAGGAUGAGGAAAAAUUGCAGGAUAUGUUAGUUAAGCAAUGUGCCCUGAUGAAGGAAGAGUUUGCAAAAAUGAGGGAUGAUAUUGAAUUCGCGUCUCAAAAACAGAACGAAGGUUUGAUAAAUAAAGUUGAAGCACUGAAAAAGAAUGUUUUGAAAUUAGAAAAAUCGAAGGCGAAACUUGCUUAUGAUUAUGAGAAAAGAAUUUCUCAAAUUCUGAAGAGUAAAGAGUUGGAAUUAAAAACUCUGCAGUUUCAACUUCAGGGCCAUCGAAGCGAAUUGUCAAUAUCUCUGAGUGCUGAGAAGCAAAACGAAUGGGAUUCUCUUGUCAAUAUGUUGGAGGAAAGAUACAAAGCACUUUUGACAGCCGUUGAUGUUUCGGCGGAUAAUCAACGACAAAAUUAUAUCAGGGUACAACGCAUUGUACAAUUACUAAGCAAGGUUUAGAAUAAUUAAAAAGUUGGAUGUAGCAGUAAUUCUUUUAUAAAUGAGAAGGAUAACGAAUUUAGAACGCCAAGUAUCGCAGUUAAAGAACACUCUCGUUGAACGAGGAGAAUACGCAUAAUUUUUUGUAAUUUAGUGACUUU